AUGGAGCUGAGUGAGGAGAUUUAUGAAAAUGUAAAAGUUAUGGAGAACAAGAAAGCUGAUUUCAGUGACAACGAAAACUCAUAUGAAAAUGUUUAUGAGAAUCAGGACAAUUGGGAGACCCAGAGACCCAGAAACUUUAAGCAGUCUGUGAGUUCAGGAGGAGCCACUGCAUGGGGCAGGUGUUACAGAGGGACUGCAGUGUGUAUGCUGCUGCUGUGUGUUCUCCUGUUGACUGCCAUCACAGUGCUGUGGAUCAAAUACAUCACCCUGAAUACAGAAAACAACCAGUUACAGACCAGUUUCAACAACCUGACUAUAGAGAGAGACCAGUUACAGACCAGUUUCAACAACCUGACUAUAGAGAGAGACCAGUUACAGACCAGUUUUAACAACCUGACUUUAGAGAAAUGCCAGAAGUGUUUUGUCGUUAGCAGUCUUUAUUUCAUGUCUAAUGAGGUUAAGAACUGGACUGAGAGCAGACAGGACUGCAGGGACAAAGGAGCAGACCUGGUGAUCAUAAACAGCAAAGAAGAACAGGAGUUCAUUAGUAAACAAAAGGUGAAUGGCAAAGUUCAGGCUUGGAUUGGUCUGAGUGACACAGAGAAGGAGGGAGAGUGGAAAUGGGUGGACGGUACACCACUGACUACAGAGUUCUGGAAUGAAAAGGAACCGAAUAAUAUAGGUGAUGAGGACUGCACUGAGUUUUAUAGUGGUGCCAAUGGGAACCUCUGGAAUGACCAGAAAUGCUCUAAGAAACUAAACUGGAUCUGUGAGAAACAUCUUUCACAGUAA